AUGAGUGGACAGAUGUUCUGGGGCAAGAAAGAGGAUGGCAAGAGGAAAAGGAGUUUCCAGGAGUCCUACGAGACGCCCAAGGUGCAGAAGUGUGUGCGGAAGAGGAGACCUGCGUUGAAUGUGCAAGGGCAGCCAUUGCCACCGCAGAGGAGUUUGGAGAUGAUGAGCAAGGACCAGCUUAUGUCUGUUCUGAUGGAGGUUAUGAGACAGCACCCUGAAGUUGGAAGUACUUUCCAGGCUAAAGUGAGCAGUUACCAGUUUGCGUCUGAGAAAUACCAACAGUUGUUGAAGGGCAAAGUUGAACAGUUGUACAGCAAUAUCCCUUACAACAGAUCUUACGAUAACACAAAUCUGGACGAUUACGCAUUUGUGCGAAUGAAACCGUACAUUACGGAGUUGCUUAAUUGCUUGGUUGAUUGCGCUCUGGAUAAUCUUCCCCCAAGGAAGUCAGAUCUACAUGAAUCCCUAAAAUUCCUAGAGUCAUGCACACAACUGGUAUUGGACCUACCGCGGUUUGAGUCCGGAAGCAAUAAUUAUUACUAUGAUAAAUGUCUGGAACAAAUAUCACACUUAUGGUGCAGCCUCAUUGAGCAAAUUUCAAAGGACAUACAUAUGGUGAUGAACACAAAUAUGGAAGAGUGGAUAACUAAACUAAAUGCUUACAACGAAAGGUCUAAUGGAUUAUUGACAUCGGCUGUGACGCUAUUCAAAUCGUUGGCCUCAGAUGGGGACUUGCUUGGAGACCAACAAAAUGAAAUGGAAAGCCCCGCAUAUGUGGCAGGUCCAGGUUUACUGCUAGAAUCAAACCCUAGUUAUCUGAUGCAUAACAAAUACUCUAUGUGA